AUGUCUCACUCUUGGCUUCAGAGGAAGCGCAAAGCUGACUUGAUCGACCUUGCGCAGAAGGCUAGACUUCCCGAUGCAGAUGGCCUUUUGAAAGACGAUCUCGUGGACCUGCUUGAGAGCCAUCUCAACUCCAAUGAGAGCACCUUUGCCAAACUCCCCGAGUUUAGCGACUACUACGGGCGCAAUGGGUCGCCAGUAAAGCGCGAAAAGUCUUCGCCGGAACCCUUCAUCACGAAGACGACGCGCCGCCGAACUCUUAACAAAGACCCCUCACCAGAGUCCACCCCCAUCAUUACACCAGAAAUCCGCAGCGUUGUCGCGCGUACACCCAAGCCGAGAUCCGUCUCUCGACGUGUUUCCGAGAUGGUCGCUGAAGCCGAACCUAAGGCCAUGUCCCGUCGCGUUUCCGAGGUGGUUGCUCAAGCCGAACCCAAGGCCGUCUCUCGUCGCGUUUCCGAGCUGUACAAUCAAGUGGACAUUCCCGCAUCGCCUGCCCAACUCGCUGAGGUCGCCGACCAGUCUUUCCAAGUAGUCCAGACAAAGGCUGUCGAGCUGUGGGACAGGACCAGGAUCGAUGAGCUGAAGGAGUUCGUUCGCGAAAACGCAAGCUCGGUCGCUACCAUCCAAACUAUCAUCCUGCUUGUCGAAGCUGUAGGACUACAGUACAACACGCUCGACACCACUCCGUUAUUCGCUACGCCCGCCGCCUUGGGCUCAUACACGAGCAGCCAAGACGUUCGAGGACCAAACUUCUGGGCGCUGCUCUCAGCUGAGUGGUGGGCACCAGCUACCCUCUGGUCGCUGACGAGCUGGGUGCUACCACUGAUGUUCUCAUACUUCUUCAACUUGACCCUUCGAUCAAACACCUCGCGCAAGUCUUCCGAGCGCCAAUACCCCGCUGACCCGCUCAUCUUCAACAUUGCGCGGGCAGUCCUGUCGUACAAUGCCUACCGGGAAACUGUCAACAUGGCAUUUGCGCCAAGUGCGUGGGGUCCCUUCUCCGAGUACGCGGUUGCGCGCGUAGGAAACAAUGUCCCGGGAGGAUACUACGGGCUGCAAAUUGGCUCGCUGGUUGGCAUACUUGUCAGCCUUUACGACGCCGCAUUGAAGAAGUAG